GAUUUCUCAUUGGUCAAAAAUGAGAAGAUUUUCUAGAUUCGUUCAAUGGCAAGCCCUUAUUAAAAGAACACACUACAAUAUGUGAUUUAUGCAAGUUGACCGAUUGUUAUCGCGCUGCCGUUGGUGUGAAUGAUAUCGGAUUAUCACAUAGUUUAAAGUUCCAUACUGUAUGUCUCAAUUAGAAGUUAAUAGUAAUGUUGUCAAAUUGAUAAACAUGCAGAGCUCACAUAACAUCGAUGAAGGUGGGAGAAGCGAGAAUAAUUUGUACGAAAUGCCUCCUACGGAAAUAGUUGAUUCGACGAGAAGACAAAUAUCUAGCAGUUUUGGUAAUGUGGCAGGGAAUAAAAAACUCGCUUUUGCUUCUAUUGCCAUUCUCUGUUUUAUCAAUUUAAUAAAUUAUAUGGAUAGAUAUACUGUUGCUGGUGUAUUAAUAGCAAUUCAAAAGUUUUAUAAUCUCAAUGAUGCAGAUGCUGGCUUGAUUCAAACUUCGUUCAUUUGUAGCUAUAUGAUUUUUGCUCCAAUAUUUGGUUAUCUUGGUGAUCGAUAUAGUCGAAAAUGGCUAAUUGUUGGUGGUAUUUCUUUUUGGAGUGCCACAACAUUAUUGGGAUCCUUUAUACCAAAAGGAUAUUUUCCAUGGUUCCUUGCACUUCGUGCUUUAGUAGGCGUUGGAGAAGCAAGUUAUUCUACUGUAGCACCAACAAUCAUCGCAGAUUUAUUUUCAAAAACAAUACGAACCAGAGUGCUUGCACUUUUUUAUUUUGCUAUACCAGUAGGAAGUGGUGUAGGAUACAUAGUUGGUGCUAAAAUUGCCAAUAUAUUUGGGCAUUGGUACUGGGCCUUAAGAGCAACACCAAUUUUGGGUUUAUUAGCCAUUAUUCUUGCAAUACUAUUUCUACGUGACCCUCCUAGGGGUGAAGCAGAAGGUGGUGUACAUCUUACACAAACUAGUAUUAAAGAAGAUUUAUUAUAUUUAUCAAAAAAUUGCUCUUUCAUUUGGUCAACAUUUGGUUUUACUUGUGUAGCUUUUGCAACAGGGGCACUGGCCUUAUGGGCUCCAGCCUAUAUGAACUAUGCAAUAAGUCUUAAUUCAAAAUCAGUGAGUAAUUUAAAUGUAAAUGUAAAUAUAAAAUUUGGAAUCAUUACUUGUGUGGCUGGAAUAUCUGGAGUUCUUCUUGGAUCAGGACUUUCCCAAUAUCUUCGUAAAUUUAAUGAAAGAGCAGAUCCUCUAGUUUGUGCAGCGGGUAUGUUAGGAAGUACACCUUUUGUCUUUUUUGGCUGCAUUGUUGCAGCCAAAUAUACAAAUUUAUCCUGGACAUUGAUAUUUUUUGGAGAAAUGUUGUUAUGCAUGAAUUGGGCUAUUGUUGCUGAUAUGCUUCUAUAUGUUGUUAUACCUACUAGAAGAUCUAUAGCAGCUGCUACCCAAAUUUUGAUCUCUCAUGCUCUUGGAGAUGCUACAAGUCCAAGUAUCAUUGGAACUGUUUCAGAUGCAAUUAAUUAUACAAAUGACAAAUCAAUCAUUAUCAAGUAUAUCAGUCUUCAAUAUGCACUGUUCAUCACAACUUUUGUUCUAGUGAUAGGUGGAUUUUGUUUUCUCAUCACUGCUUUAUACAUUGUUAAUGACAAGAAGCGAUGCACUCUAAUUGUGAAAGGACUAAACUAUGCUGAAAGUAGUGAAGAAUUAGACUCAAAUCAAGAAACUCCAUCCUGUUGUCCUUUUUUCAAAAGGAGAGAGUGUCCUAGGCCAAUAUAUGAUGGACCUUCUGAAGAUGUUAUUACAUGAAAUAAAUUGCAUUUCUAAAUUUAUUCAAUUAUCAAAAAAGCAAGUUUUUCUAACUUGCCAUUUACCAAAACUGGUGGUCUCAAUCAAGAAGUCUUCCUUCCGAAGAUGUUACUGUGAUAAAUUUUCAACAAGUUUUUAAACUAAUGUAUUUAAAUUUUUAUCAUCCUAAUUUUGAUUAUUGAUUUAUUAUACUUUAACCUGCAUAAAUGCACUAGUACUGUAUUUAAUAUUUAUAUAAAGAAAAGGAUAAUUAUUUGUUUCAAGCAUAUAUCAUUUUCAGAUUAAAUUGUAUUUUAGUGAAAAUAUAUAUAAAAAAUUAAAGUCAGUUGUAAUAUAGCUUUCAGAGAAUAUUUAUUUACACAAAAAGUACUUUUAUUUACUUAUGAAAUUGUUUUGCUCAGUAAUAACACACUAAAUAAUAUAAUAAGAUAGUAUAAAUAAUGUACUGAUUCUGUUGUUUUAACAAGCUCUGAAUGUAUUAAGAACGAAUAACUGCUUAAUCCUAAAUUUAAUGAAAUGAAUGAAUUUUGGAUUCAUGUGAAGUAAUGCUUUUCAUGCAUUUAUUUUAAAAUAGGUUUUUUUUAAACAGAUUACUGGAGAUGACUUUAGUCUCUAAUCAAAAAUAAGACUUUAAAAUAGAAUCAGUUUUCCCCCCUCAAUUUGUAAUUCAAUAGAAUUUUUGUUAUAAAAAUGGUUAAUAUUGACAACAUUUUGUCAAUAUUAGGCAUUUGAGAUUAAGUAAGAGGUAAAGAGACAUUCUUAAAGUUUUAUCGUUUU